CGCGCGCUCAACGGAGAAGCAUCAAACCCACGGAAUCCGAUGAAAGUGUGAAAAUCCUCCGAAUAUAUUUACGUGAUUUCCGUGGGCCGAAGGAAGCAAAUUACCGACUCGUUGAAGCAAAGCCGGCCAAAAUAUCGUAUCUUUAGGAAAAUCCAUUUGACGAUACAAAUAUAUCAUUCUCAAACAAAGAAUAUUGAUAUUUUAAAAUAUAUUCAAGAACCCUAGAGCGGACCCGUCGCGAUUCCGAACCGUUUUAUUCCGUUCUUGGCCAUACCAUAUACGGGUUUUUGUUGCAAGUGGCUGAGUCCUGAAUUUUGUUUCCGUAAUCGAGAACUGUUUCUCUAGCCGAGCAAAGAAAAAAAGUGAAUGAGAAGUGAAAGGGCGAGGAAACACAAAACAAAGUGUGAGUGCAAUCAAUCGAAGUGAAAAUAUGAUUGGAAAGUCAAUCGCAAGUCGGUUAUAGAUGCCUUUUUUGUCUGUUAUGAGUUCUAUGCAUAUGUAUGUAUGUAGUCGGUUUGUGGGCGUGCGAUGAAGAGUAUCUCUGGGCAUUACUUGCCAGAAAGAGAAUCCUUCUCCCCCGGCUUUUCAUUUAGCUCGCCGCGUAUCUCACGGAUACGGAUCUCCGAUCACGUUGUCAGCCACCAAUUGGAGAUUGUGUUAAUUUGCGACGGCAAGCUGGUCAUGUGUGUGUUUGGUGUUGGUGUGUGCUCAAAUUAAAAAUCGAUAGCAAAAGAAAAGCACAGCGCAGGCGAAAAUAAUAAAAACCAUAAGCGAUUUCGCUGUCCGAAUAGAACUUUGGUUCUGAGUGAGGGUGUUCGGGUGUGUGUGUGUGAAUGUUCGAGCCUUAACUGGUCAAAUAGCUAGCAAAAAAAAAAAAAGAAUAAACUAAAAAACAAACAAAAAGAAAUGAAAUGCAGUUACCAGUACGCCAGCCACGUACACACAUUACAGUGCCCGCCGAGUGCAGACUCAUCCAUACAAACAAAUAAGCCAAAAUACACACAAACAAACAGUCAGCAGCGGGCAGAAAGCAACGCAAAUCGCACAAAUCGCAAACCUAACGAAAACACCUUUUCCACCACGUUCAUUUGUUAUUGUUUUUUGCGGCCACUGGCCACUUCAACAUAAUAUUUAACAAAAUCAACACAUUACUCGCCCCCCCUUUAUGAAUCCAUUCUCACAAACCCGUACAUACAUACAUACAUAUGCAGACCCCAAAAAGUUAAAAAGUUACUGACCAGUGCAAAAAUAAGACGACUGCGAUUGCCAUUCAUAGCAAAAAAUAAGUAAAAGAGGCUUUGGCACGUGUAAAGUUCAGAAAUCAGAAAUAUAAUAGCCAAUUUCUUCUGCAGUCAUGUAAUUCCGAAAGAAAGUGAACUUCUUAAACACACAUAUCAGAAACGCAUGUAGCUAAGCACAUGUUUGGAAAAGAAAUACAUAUCAUCCUCCAAGGAUAAAACGGAUACCUUAAUGUGAGAACGUACUUCAAAAAGUGCACACCACUGGAAACAACAUAUCAUACCAGGCGCAAACAUAUCAAAAGCCAACAAGUGAUACGAGGGAGUCUAAAAUCGUUAAUAAAUAAAAACAAAAAAUAAAUAAAUAAAACACUCCCCAAGCCCCCUGUUACUCCAUGCCCCCGUAGACCCCAAAUAACAUCAACAUUUGCGACAGAAGUGAGAAGCGCAAACUGAACUGAAAACUGAAGUAAAAAAAUAAAUACCCAAGUAAUACCGUGACUAGCCGGCCCCGUCGAGUCCGCGAACCAAGUUAGUCAAUUACAAAUAAUGCGCAUACAAUAGGAUCGAUGUUACCGCAAAAUUGUAUGUCCCUCCAUGAUAUUCCCAAACGAAAAGAAGAAAGAUUUAUGGCGUUAUGCGUCCAGAAACAAUCCGGGGGUGCGCGAUGGGGUGUCGUCUGUAGCGGGCGACCCGCCACCACGGCCGCCGCCCCCUCCACCUCGACUCCGCCCUCAUCAUCCGCAUCAGUCGUUUGGCUACUCCGGCGAGGAGGACUCCUUGGCGAUGCGUCAGACCCCGCCGCCGCCCUACAGCUCGAUGCCCUGCGCCAUGGAUUGCUCCGGUUCCUAUUGCCAGAGUAUGAGUCCGAACCACAACAACAACAACAACCACUCGUACCGUCACCUGCCAAACCGCUUGGAAUUCCCACCGUCGCCGAGCUGCGGAUCAGUAUUGGCCGGCGAAAGCUCGGACCUCUACUGUAUCGGACCUGGCUACAGUUGCGCAAGUUCUGGCGAAGAUAUGCUGAUCGAAGAAAGCGAUCAGGAACGGAGUCGGGUGACAGCGAGGGAGCCGGAUCAGGUGGAGCGUCUACCCCAUCCACGGACGAAUGCCGCCACCUUAGUGACGAUUUUACGAAACUGCUGCGGCGGAGCGACGGAGUCCAUCAAUGGGGACGAUUCGAUAUCCACAAUUCCAGCCACUGCGAAGACUCUCCAACAUGCCCAAAGCCGGACCCAAAGCCAAGCCCAUUCGCAGCUCCAGAGCACCCGGCGGUUUCGCGAGGAUUUCGAUGGACUGAUGAAGCUGCUGAAGCGCAAGCAGGUGGCGGAACUCCUGCAGGCGGUCAAGAGCCGAGUGGACGGACCAACAAAAACCCCCCAGGCCUCUGCAACGACCCCGCCCACCUACCUGCAGUGCAUCCUGUUACCCCACCCCACGGCCCGGGAGCAACAUGUGACGGCCAGCCGGCUGUUCUUCUGGCGGGACCUGCGGAGCGGCGAGGAGCUGAAACGCCUGCCCUCCUGCCCCAGCGCCGGCGACCCCGUCUACACGUGUUGCAAUCCACUGCACUGGUUCCGCAUCCUGUGCCUGAGCGAAACAGAUUCCCAUCGCUCAAAAAUGCUGAGACUGAAAGAUGCAGAUUCCGAAGAAGACUCACAGAACGAUGCAAAGUCAACGGCGCUGAGCACGUGGAGCAGCCCCAGCAUUUCGAGCAUCUCCAAGCGGGCGGAGCAGCCUUCGCUCUUCGAGUCGUUCACUACUGACGGAAAAGAUCGCAACAUUAAUGCCAAUGGCUGGUGCCAAAUCGCCUAUUGGGAGAUGUCCGAUCGGGUCGGGAAGAUGUUUCACGCCAGGACGACUGCCGUCAACAUCUACACAGAUGGCCUGGUGGACAGUGGGGGGGAUAGCAUGUGCCUAAGUGACCUCCCGGUCGGGGGGAAGACGGAGGAGGUGCAAAAAACGCGUCAAAAGGUCGGACUAGGAGUAACAUUGAGUCUGGAGCUAGGUGAUGUCUGGAUCUACAAUCGGGGCCAUGUUCCCAUCUUUGUUGGCUCACCCACCUUGGAGCGUGUCAGCAAAGUACUGCCCGGCUGCUGCCUGAAAGCCUUCGAAACACACAGGGCUCAAAUGCUAAGCAUGAGACAGCAAGGACACCACCAAAUGGGACCCAUCGACUGGUUCAGCCUGAAGAUCAGCUUCGCCAAGGGCUGGGGACAGUUCUACCGGCGACAGGACAUCAUGUGCUGCCCCUGCUGGCUGGACGUGAACUUCAGCCACUUGCGGUGACAGUACCUGUUGCAGGCGCUCUCGGCGGUCACCUUACCAGAUCUGCCAUCUCUGGCACCGUGCCAGGACGAGAAGGCAGGACACCGACACCGAUCGCGCCAACUGCUCCGAAAGGCCCAAAAGCUACUGACCCGGCUGUGCAGCAAAGUGUGCUCCUUUCCGAGCUUCGAGAGGGCCAGGACGAGAUCGAGAAACCUGACUGGGCGUAGGCAGGGACGUCAGCUAAACAUAAAACAACCAAUAAUUUGGAACAACAAAGGACUGCAAAAGAAAUCAUUUUAAAUGUUUAUAAACAUAAUUACGAAACAAGUUUCAAUUACUGCUAGUAGACACAUCGAAAUUAAUUUUAAACGCAUCAGAGUCGCAUUAAGUGAGAGGAGAUCGGAGGAAGUCAGAGGAGUCAGACGAGUUGAAUUGAAAUACAUAGUAAUUGUAAUUGAUUGUUAAACAUACAUAGCAAAAAUUGAAAUCCUGUGAUUCACUCUAUAUAUAUAAAUAUAUAUAUAUAUAUAUAUAAACAUGUAGUAUGUACCGACGCACGGGGCUAAAGCUCUGUGCCAGUAGCUAUAUGAUAUGUAUAAAUAACUAAUUUAUAUAUACAUACUUAAAGGAAAGGCACAUCAGGGUUUACCAGUUUCGAGAUCGAUGGCAAAUAGACUAGUUACCACACAACAUUCAGAGACCUCUCGAUCAGCAUCUACAGACCUUUUCUAUGCGACGUUUUUAUCCGUUGGAAUCAAUCCAAACCAUAAUUUAUACCCCACCCAAAAUGAAACCAAACAUCACUGAAAUACAAAUCUGUUCAGUAGACUCUGCAUAGAUCCUAGGUUUAAAAUGAUUGUAAACUAUUAACUAAAUUCGAAAGGGUUUGAAGACUGGCUCUGGCGCUUUGGUAUCAUCCCAUUGGUUUUAAGAAAGCACAUGUCAUGUUCGAACAUUAUUUGUUUUAUGUUGAUAUUUUGACUGUUUUCGUUGUCAUGUCAGUUCAUCAUUCAUCUUAUUAAAAGUCAUUCGUGGACCAUAUACGUUUUGUAAGCCCGGAUUUCGGUGGCCUUUCCAAUCCUAUGGAAAUGCCAAUUCGAUGUUUUUAUAGGGCAUAAGGGAGUUCCAUGCGCCAGAGCCCGUUCCACCAAACAGAAUGUAAGCCAUCUUAGAAUCCCAGCCUUGUAUGUAUAUUGUUUUAAGAAUAAAUGCGAUCCCCGUAAAAUUGUUA